CUGUAUUAUUUAUUAUUUUAAUAGUAAGUUGUUUUGGGGGGGGGGUUAACCAUUGGUGGAUUUAAAGAACGAAUGUUCUACUGACCAGGAAGCACUUUUAAUUUCAUUGUACCUGAGACAAUGACAGAUAAAGAUAUCUAUUUAUCAAAGAGAAUGUUUUGAUUGUUUUCUGUAUUGUUGAGAUGUUUUGAUUGUUUUUUUUCUUUUUAACUGAUGCUGCUCCAUCUUGAAACGUUUUGUUCCAUAAUUUUGCUUUCUGUAGUCGAACCUCACUUAAGUGAUGAAUACACCAGCAGCAGGGCUAAGUGGGCCAAACGUGGUCAGAAAAUGUGGGUCAGAUUGGGUUUGUCUCAGUUUCUGUGGUGAUGAUUAUGGGAUGGACGGGGCGUUUUCAUUUCAAACAUGUUGAACAUGUUCCAGCCUGUCGUGCUGAAAGUUUCCUCUCUGUUGUGGAUUAUUCUGCAGGAUUGGAUCCAGGAUCUCGUCUGGUGAACGCAGCUGGAGUCUGUCUGCAGACGGAGCUGCAGACGCCUGCAGGCUCUGAGGGUCUGCCAGGUCUCCAACAGCUGAAACACAUCAUUCUUGUGAACCAAAACGAACCUUUGAACUAAACCUGCAGAUAAGCUGGAUUUGUUUAAAGCAGUGAUGAGAAUCAAGUUUGACUUAAAUUCAUCUUUAAUUUGCAGCAGAAAAGCUCUCUUUUUUUUCUCUUCCUCCAGGUUUUGAUGGAGUGACAUUUCCUGAGGCCCCGCCCACCGCCCCGCGUGCCGCUUCCUGUAGAGAGAACAGAGUUCCAGUGCGUGAAGAUCAGCGGAGCGACAAGUCGCUUGGUGUCAUGGCCGCCGCUGAAGAUGAGGACUACUUCUACCACGACAACUUCAGCUUCAACUUCAGCUACGAUGACUAUCCCACCGUGUGUGAGAAGGAGGACCUGCGCUCCUUCGCGGCGUUCUUCCUCCCCGCCGUCUACGCUCUGUGUCUGGUCGUGGGCCUGGCGGGGAACACUCUGGUCGUGGCCGUCUACGCCUACCGCAAACGCCUGAAGACUGUGACGGACUCCUUCCUGACCCACAUGGCCGCCGCCGACCUGAUGCUCAUCUUCACGCUGCCCUUCUGGGCCGCCGGCGCCGCGCGGGGCUGGGAGCUGGGGGCGGUCCUCUGUAAGAUUGCGUCGACCUCCUACACGGUGAACUUCCACUGCUGCAUGCUGCUGCUCGCCUGCAUCAGCCUGGAUCGCUACCUGGCGUUGGCCCGGCUGCAGGGUGGCGAGCAGAGGCGGGGCCUGCAGGGGGCGUUCAGCCGGAAGCACUGCUGGAAGGUCUGCCUGGCGGUCUGGACUACGGCGCUUCUGCUGGGCCUUCCAGACCUGAUCUUCUCAGAGGUGAGGGAUGCGUCCGGCAGGAACACCUGUCUGCUGGUCUACCCCACGUGGAUGGCGCCCGGCGGCAGCGCGGCGCUGGAGGGGGUGGAGGUGCUGCUGGGGUUCCUGGUGCCUCUGCUGGUCAUGCUCGUCUGCUACUGGAACGUCUACAGGGUCCUCAGGGGUCUCCCAGCUGAGAGGAAAGGCAGGAAAUGGCGAGUUGUGCGAGUCCUGCUGCUGGUGGCGGGCGUGUUUGUGGUCACCCAGCUGCCGUACAACCUGGUGAAGGCGUACCGCGCCCUGGACUCCGUCUACCUGCUGGUGACCCACUGUGGGACCAGCAAGGUCCUGGACCGGGCCGCUCAGGUGACGGAGAGCCUGGCUCUCACUCACUGCUGCUUCAAUCCCAUCCUGUACGCCGUGGUCGGGUCCAACUUCAGGCAGGACCUGAGCAGGAUGGCCAAAAGGUUCGGAGAGAAGAGGAGGAGGAGAAGAGGAAGAUCUGCAGCCGGAGGAGAGGCGGAGACGUCCUUCAACUCCCACAGCGGAUCUGAAGACACAAAAACGUUCUCCAUAUGAGUAAUCACAUUCACGAGCUCUGCGGAGAAAACUUUAGAACACGUGUGUCAAAGUCAAGGCCCGGGGGCCGGAUCCGGCCCUCGGGGUAAUUCUAUCCGGCCCUCCAGAUCAUUUUAUUUUAUUGUUAUUAAUGACCCGAUGUUAUCUUGGACUCAUU